ACCCCCUGAACUUCCUAAUCAUCUUCUCCCAAGUUUUACCACUGAUCAAAAUGGUGAAACAACAGCAGAAGAACCGGGCUGAUGUGCAUGUUAGAAAGCCUCACUUUUUCAAAGUCCUUCUUGGAGACUUUUCUCAGCGUCUGAAAAUCCCAGUGAGGUUUAUGAAGCAUAUAUCAAUGAAGUCAUUAGAAAAAGUAGUUCUUAGAGGUCCCAGUGGAAGCCGUUGGCCGGUUAAAUUAAGCAGAACAGUUAAGGGGACAUUCCUGUGUGAUGGGUGGAUGAACUUUGUGAAGACUCAUGCUUUAAGAGAGUAUGAGUUCUUGGUAUUUCGGUACAAUGGCCGUGCUUUGUUUGAUGUUCUGGUUUUUGAUAUAACUGCAUGUGAAAGAGAGGAUUUGUUUAAUAUAAGACGAAGGAAACGGUUGAGGAAACACAAAUUAGAAGUUCUCUCAUUGCCUCAACCUGAAGUAAUAAAAACUGAGCUGAAAGAGACUCAAAUUCAAGAUGUUGUUUAUCCUGUCACUAUGCUCAAAGAUGCUUGUCCUGAUUCCGUUCAAGGGGAAUCUCUAGUAAAUUCUGAAACUGAUAAGCAUGUUGAAAUCAAAGUUGAAGUUACAGAGAUCCCGAUUGUAGCUGCUUCGCCGAAAAAAUGCCUUAAAACACAAGGAUACUUGUCAAGAAGAAGACCUGUGUCUGAAGAAGAAAGAUCGAAAGCAUGGGAGGCAGCUAAUUCUUUUACGUCGAAUUUUCCUUACACGGUUGUAUGUCUGUCAGCUCUUCAUGUUUACAAGGCAUCACCUACUGUGACACUACCGACUCCCUUUUCACGGGAGCAUCUUCCUCGAAGAAGAACAAAUUUGGUCUUCAGAGAUCCAAAUGGACAGGCUUGGGUAAUCAUGUUCAUUCCAGGACUGAGAAACUGGCUCUCUGGUGGGUGGCCAGCGUUUGCUCGUGGCAAUAAUCUCGAGGAGGGAGAUAUCUGCGUGUUUGAGCUCGUAGGACCUAUUGAAUUCCAUGUGCAUAUCUUCAGGGUGGUUGAUGAAACCGUACCGAUGAUCAAGCUAUCUAGUAUCUAAGCUAUAUAUCUAAUGUGUAAAUCUACUUCUAUCAGCCAUAUAUCUAUGACUCGCUAGGUUGCUAUGGUGUUUCUUCUUUGUUUAUUAUCGCACUUGUUAUAUAAUGAGCUCUUGAAAUUCUUUGUUUCUGUUGAAAAAUUUGAUACAGCUUGAGUGCAUGUUUUUGUUUGUUUGGA